AUGUCUCACGGCGACCAUACCCGCGACCCAUGCCCCUGGGUCAUCCUCAACGACUUUGGCGGCGCGUUCUCAAUGGGCGCGAUUGGCGGUGGUAUUUGGCACGGCAUCAAGGGCGCCAGGAAUAGCCCCAAGGGCGAGCGUCUCGCCGGCUCUCUGUCCGCCAUCAAGGCGCGUGCCCCCGUCCUCGGUGGCAACUUUGGUAUCUGGGGUGGUCUCUUUGCAUCCUAUGACUGUGCCGUCAAGGGGUACCGCCAGAAGGAGGACCCUUGGAAUGCCAUCAUUGCCGGUUUCUGCGUCGGUGGUACCCUUGCCUUCCGCGGCGGACCAAAGGCGGCGCUGGGCGGUGCCAUUGGUUGUGGUAUCCUUCUCGGCGUAUUCGAGGGCGUCGGUGUGCUCAUGUCGCGCGCGUUUGCGCAGCCUGUCCCAGCGAUGCAAUUGCCAGAGCAGGCCGCACAGCCCGCGCUCGCCCCCACCCGCCCCUGCCCCUCCUGCGGCGCCGCCAUCCCCAUCCCCGCCUCUCCCUGCCCUUCCUGCGCCGCCCUCAUCCCCAUCCCCCGCGGCCUCUCCCUCCAUUCCCUCCUGGGUUUAUCCGACCCCAUCCUCUCGCCCGAGGACAUGGGCCAUCACCCCAUUGGCGACUAUGACAUCGCCGCAGAACUCGCAUCACUCCCGGCGCACGGGUACGACCUGGACCCGCGGUCGCUGCGCCUCGAAAUGCUGCGCAGGCAGGCUAGUCUCCAUCCAGACCGGAAUCGGGAUGAUGAGGAUAUGGCAGCGGCUCUGAGUGGCCGGAUUAAUAAGGCUUAUGAAGUGCUCGCGAAUCCACAGACUAGGGCAGAGUAUAUUCUCGAACAGUUCGGGCUCGACACUAAAGAAACGGACCACCUGACGGACCACGACCUCCUCAUGGAGAUCCUGGAUGCGCGCGAGACACUCGAGGACGCGACGCCCGAGGAGGUCGAGGAGCUGCGUGUUGACAACCAGGCAAAAGCCGACGACGUCGCUCGCCAGAUCAAGGAAGCGCUGUCCAAGGACCCUCCGCAGUUGCACGAGGCCAAGCAGCUCGCUGUGGAGCUCAAGUACUGGGUUGGGCUGGAACAUGCGGCCCGCGAGCGUCUGUAG